AUGGUGGAUGCAACAGCGGUGGCUGGAGCAGGUUCAGCAGCGGCAGGAGGGGUUUCACCUUCUGUAUCUCAUCUUGAGAUUAGGGUAUCUGAGCAUACGUCAGCAGACACCCCGCCGACGUCAACCGACUACGGUAAAAUCUUCACUAACCUUCCAGCACUGGUAACAUCCAUCUCAUCAGCCAUCAUCGAGCCGUUGACUUCCAGCACCACCUCCGGCACUCCUGCUGGGACUGCUGGCGCUGGCGCUGCUGCUGCUGGUGCUGCUGCUGCUGGUGCUGGCGCUGCUGAUGCAGCACAGCCUACUUCGACAGGCACAGCAGGACAGGAGUCGACGAGGGGUUCAGGGAGAGAGGGAGAGGGAACAGGAGGGGUAUAUUUUGACGAGCCUCAGCGUGGUUCAGUCGGUGGUAUGGGGGAAGGGGAAGGGAUUGUUUACCCUCCCAUUCCUGCAGGUCCGCUGUAUGAUGACUUGCAUCCAGGAGGGGGAGCUGGGAUCAUGCCUUCAAGACCUGGUUUUGGUGGAGGAAGCAUGCUUGUAGGGCCUCAUGAUCCAAGGGGAAUGCCACCAGGGGCUCGCUUUGAUCCGUUUGGACCUCCAGGGAUUCCGGGCUUCGAGCCUGGCAGAUUUGGGUAA